CUUCUUUGCCUCGUGUUUCAGCAAUGGCUGCCAUCCGGAAGAAACUGGUGAUUGUUGGUGAUGGAGCCUGUGGCAAGACUUGCUUGCUCAUCGUUUUCAGCAAGGACCAGUUCCCAGAGGUGUAUGUGCCCACCGUGUUUGAGAACUAUGUGGCAGACAUCGAGGUGGAUGGGAAGCAGGUGGAGCUGGCUUUGUGGGACACAGCUGGGCAGGAGGAUUACGAUCGCUUGCGGCCCCUCUCCUACCCGGACACCGACGUCAUACUGAUGUGUUUCUCCAUCGACAGCCCUGAUAGCUUAGAAAACAUCCCAGAAAAAUGGACUCCGGAAGUCAAGCAUUUCUGCCCCAACGUGCCCAUCAUCCUGGUUGGGAAUAAGAAGGAUCUUCGGAAUGAUGAGCACACCAGGCGGGAACUGGCCAAGAUGAAACAGGAGCCAGUAAAACCGGAAGAAGGCAGAGACAUGGCUAACAGGAUCGGCGCCUUUGGGUACAUGGAGUGCUCCGCAAAGACCAAAGAUGGAGUGAGGGAGGUUUUUGAAAUGGCCACGAGAGCUGCUCUGCAAGCCAGACGUGGGAAGAAGAAAUCUGGGUGCCUUGUCUUGUGAAACCCUGCUGCACACAGCCCUCAUGCGGUUAAUUUUGAAGUGCUGUUUAUUAAUCUUAGUGUAUGAUUACUGGCCUUUUUCAUUUAUCUAUAAUUUACCUAAGAUUACAAAUCAGAAGUCAUCUUGCUACCAGUAUUUAGAAGCCAACCAUGAUUGUCAAUGAUGUCCAGCCCACCCGGCCCGCUGGGGUCCUUGUGACACAGCUCUGCCUGCCCUCCUCCGCACUCCCACCUGACACACAGGCGCUAAUUCAAGGAACUUCUUAACUUCUUGCUUCUUUCUAGAGAGACAGCUGGUCACGCUUGUGAAUCAGGCUCUAACUACUUAGAACUAACACGCGCUGCCCGUCCCGCCGGCGGCAGGGUUCUCUGGUGGCACCGCCCCAGAGCUCUCCAGACCUCACGGGCACAGCUCCGCGGGGGGCAGCCGGUGCUGAACCCGCUGACAGAAAGGCCGCGUCAUGCCCAUGCCGUGCCGCUGUGGCACUCACAGUUCCAUGGUGUUGUGUUGGUUACCUUAGAAUUACUGUGUGAUUAGUGCCACUCAGUGUACGCUACCAAAAAUAAAUAUAUCUACCCCGAAUUAGAUGUAGUAUUUUUUGUAUAAUUGGAUUUCCUAAUACUGAUUUUUGUCAUCCCUGCAGAAAGUGUAUUGGUUUUUUUAAAAAAGAAAGUGUAUUUGAAAAAUAAAGUCAGAUGGAAAAUUCAUUUUUAAAAUUCCCGUUUGGUCAGUUUCUCUAAUGAAAGAUGGCCAUGUCGCCGGUUUUCGGCCCCUUGUGUCCCCGUACCCCCAACCCGAGGCCGGGCUAGGUAAGCAGAGCCCGGUUUCACGCCGGAGGCACGGAGACACCCGGAAGGCGGCGUCCCUGGCCGGCCCUGCGGCAGGCGGUGUGGCCCCAGCGCGGCUUCUCACGCCCUCCGGAGGGGCCCGCGCGUCUCCUGGGUGGCGCCGGGUCUGCCUCUCUCCAGCUGACUGAACUUUUUUCUGUACCACUUAAUUUUUCCAACUACUAAUAGAAUAAAGGCAGUUUUCUAAA